AUUAAUUAAGACAGGUGUUGAGGUUGGAUCCGAUUGUUGUGCUCACCUAAGCCAAAAGUUGGUGCGUAGUGUUUGUCUCAGAGUUUGGCUCACAUGAGCCAAAAUUUAGCCGCAAUACUUUCUAUUCCCCAUUGAUUAUGACAAGUGUUGAUUGGGAAAGGUGUUGAAGACAAUGUUUGGCUCAAAGGAAGUUGGAGCCCAGUUUUUGGCUCGAAGUUUGGCUAACUUGAGCCAAAAUUUAGGUGUUGAAGACAAUGUUUGGCUCAAAGGAAGUUGGAGCCCAGUUUUUGGCUCGGCGUUUGGCUCACAUGAGUCAAAAUUUAGGUUCAAUACUUUCUACUCCCUACUGAUUGCGAUAGGUGUUGAGGUGUUGAAUUUGGAGCAUGUUUGGCUUGGAGAAAGUUGGAUCCCAAUAUUUGGCUCAGGGUUUGGUGCUGAGGUUGGAGCACAAAAAAGUUGGAGCUCAAUAUUUGGCUCGGAGUUUGGCUUACUUGACUCAAAAUUUAGCCUCAAUACUUUCUAUUCCCUGUUGAUUGGGAUAGGUGUUGAGGUAGGAGCACAAAUGCUUGGAUCGACGAAGGAUGUCAUCCCCCGGCGGCCAAAUUCUGAGGUUGGGCAACUCCUUUUCUGCCGAAAUAACAGUCAUAUUGAGCCUAAUAAUAACAGCCUUCACUCCUCUCAUACAACUUCCUGUCCUCAGUCCUCUCUUGCAUUCUUUCAUGCUGUCCACAUAUUGUGCGAUGAUGAUGCUGUGUGCUGUAACACUAGUUGCCGAUGUCAGUCUCAGAGGUCAUUCCUACUUUCGCGCACAUCAAUGGAGUGAAAUCUUGCAAACAAUCACCUUCCUAACAGGUUCAUUGGCUGUAAUUUCCCUUCUUUCAAUUAACAAACCAUAUAUCGCCUUAUUUUGGUUACUUGUAUGGCUCCUCUUUGCUAGACACCUUAUUCACAGCUUGAUUCGGGACUUAAGCCGACCAAUACUGCCCAUUACCAUCAACACAGGGUCCAAUUCUAAUUAUAUCACUACAAUUAUUGGUAAAAUGAAAGUUUGGGCUACAAACUUGUUCCAGUGGUGUGCUGCAGUAAUUCCAACGGUUCAUUAUAGGAGUAUAUUUGAUCGUUGCAUCGGAUAGAUGGGCCAGUUAGCUGAUGUUUAAAUUAGUUUCAAGUGUGCGUAUGUAUUUUUCUUUUUUUUUUUUUAAUAGAAAAUUGUUUCAAAGUGUGUUGUAUGUUACAUGUAUCAUCCUGUCGGUGAUUACAUGCCUCAUGUAUGAGUCUAGUAUAUUGUGUGAGGGCUAGACUUGGAAUUUUUAAG